AGAAAAAAAAAUAUUUUAAGAUCCCAAGAGAAUAUAGAUAAACAUAAAGACCUAUUGAGACCCUUUUGAGAUAGCUUUUGUUUCCAUCAUCUUGUGACUUGUCUUUCACUUUAUACAUCAUCAGCAAAACACAGAAAAAAAAACAGUGUGUGAUCAUCAUGACAAAGAGGGCGGUGCUAAUAGGGUGCAACUACCCAGAUACGAAGGCAGAGCUGAGAGGUUGUAUCAACGAUGUGAAGAGGAUGCACCAGUGUUUGGUGGACAAGUAUGGAUACUCAGAGGAAGACAUCAAUGUUUUGAUCGACACAGAUGAGUCUUACACUCAGCCAACAGGGAAAAACAUCCGCAGGGCUUUGAAAGAUCUGGUGCGAUCGGCUGAGCCUGGAGAUUCGUUGUUUGUGCACUACAGUGGCCACGGGACUCGUCUGCCAGCGGAGACUGGUGAAGAUGAUGAUACUGGAUAUGAUGAGUGCAUUGUUCCCUGUGAUAUGAAUCUCAUCACCGAUGAUGAUUUCAGGGAUUUGGUAGACCAGAUUCCAGAAGGUUGCCGGUUGACCAUUGUCUCUGAUUCAUGCCACAGCGGUGGCCUCAUUGAUGAGGCUAAGGAGCAGAUUGGGGAGAGUACAAAGCGUGACGGAAAUGGCUCAGGCUCAGGCUCUGGAUUUGGAUUUAAAACUUUUCUGAAACAGAGUGUGGAAGGUGCAUUCGAGUCCCGUGGAAUCCGCAUCCCACAUCGUCGUCAUCAUGAGGAGGAGGAAGAAGAUGUUGACAGAGAUAUUGCUUAUGGGGAGCACGGCUAUGUGAAGAGUAGGUCUCUGCCACUCUCCACUCUCAUCGAAAUACUCAAGCAGAAAACCGGUAAAGAUGACAUUGAUGUUGGGAAGCUACGGCCAGCACUUUACAACAUCUUUGGGGAUGAUGCAACCCCAAAGGUGAAGAAGUUCAUGAAGGUAAUCUUUAACAAACUUCAGCAUAGGCAAGAUGAAGGUGAAAGUGGAGAGGGCGGUGGGUUGUUGGGAAUGGUUGGAAGUCUGGCUCAAGAUUUCCUCAAACAAAGCCUGGAGGAGAACAAUGAGGGGUAUUCAAAGCCAGCCCUGGAGACACAAGUAGGUAGCAAGAAAGAGGCUUAUGCUGGAUCAAUGCAGCGAGCACUUCCCGACAGUGGAAUUCUGAUUAGUGGCUGCCAGACUGACCAAACCUCAGCUGAUGCUACUCCUGGAGGCAAUGCUGCUGCAGCUUAUGGAGCUCUUAGCAAUGCAAUUCAGACCAUCAUCGAGGAGACGGGUGGUGAAAUCACCAAUCAGGAGCUUGUUUUGAGGGCUAGACAGCUGCUAAAGAGCCAGGGUUUUAGCCAGCGACCCGGCCUCUAUUGCAGUGACCAUCAUGUUGAUGCUCCUUUUGUGUGCUGAUCCACAAGUUUUUUUGAUGUAUUCAUAGUGGGAAUAAAUUACAACGUGUUUUGGCAUUUUGGUUGAGGUCUGUCUGUCUGAUGUAAUUGUAUUGCUUUGCUUUGGAUUUGGUAAAUUAAUCUAUUCAAAAAGGAUUUUCUA